GUUGUUUGUAAUUGAACGGCGAUUUCGCGAAACCGACUAGAUUUUGCGAAUCACCCAACGGAAACGGCGGCGAUGUACGCGAACGUUUGACCAGCGAGCUGUAGAUACGAGCGGUGCGGCGAUGCGCUAACACCGUACGGCCGUUCAACCGCGACCGCCACAUAGAGUGCGAGUGUGAGUGAGUGGUGUGCCUCCUCUCAGUCAGUGCGGCACAGUCGUCCGGGGCUCGAGUCUCCGGCCCGGGGAUGCGGUGAGAUGUGAGCAGCGGGUGGUGGCCGAGAGAAUGCGCCGCGAUGGAGACGACGACGGCAACGACGAAGAUAUGCAGGACCUGCGGCAGAUUGGCGCAGCAGCACGUGAACAUCUUCAAAACGGAGGGACUCAAGUACAAAAUCGAGACGUGUUUACCCAUUGUCGUUUCCCCACAUAUCUUGUUGCCGGACACGAUAUGCACGACCUGUCUGGACAACGUCGAGAAUUUCUUCGACUUCAUCAAGAACUGCCUUCAGAACAUCAUAAUCCUGGAGCAGCAGUACGACGUGCACGAAUCCUGCCUGAAAACCAAACGGCGAUUCGAGAAAAGUUGCUCAGUAAGUCUGGGGCCAAGCACCGAGGACAAAAACAUCCAAACCGAAUACUUGGAGAUCCUACGCCUGGACUGGAACGAGGGUGUUAAACAAGAGGAGACAAGGCGUGAAGGGUUGGUGGAUUAUGAGCUGUCAGACCAGUCAGAUGGUGAAGAGGAUGGUGGCAAAGUAGAGUUGACAUCCAAGAAGCUGGUAAUGAACGACAUUAACUUGUACAUUGAUCAGUUGUUGACCCAGAAGACUGACAUUAAAAAGCACUACUUCGACGACGUCGAAAACAAUUUAAUAUCUGAAAUAACCCAGAGGAAAGACCUGAAAAGGAAAGGUGAUGUCAUUGAGACCCGACCAACUAAAAUAUUCAAAAUGGACACCUCAAACAGGAGGAAAAACAAGCAACCAAAGAAACUGGACUACAAAUCAGUCCCAUUAACCAACGGCUUGUUGCUGAACGACGUUCUAACGGAGCCGGAGGAGGUGCAGCCUAAAGUCGAACAACUCCAGAACAACACAGACUUCAACAAGGAUUUAACUUUGUAUUUACCUCAGAUAUGCCUGUUGUGCGAGUCCAGCUUUUCUGGGGCUGCGGCCCUGGCCACCCACGUGUACGAGACCCACGGCAUUGACAUGGCUGAGGUGGUGGGCCAACAGCCCAACGGAGUGCCCGAAUGUGCUGUGCAACCUCAGGAGACCGAGAAAAAGAAGAAAAUCCCCAACCUGGUGAAAAUAUCCGACUUGAAAAAGGAGGCGACCGACGACAACGAGCAGCCCCCCAUCCUGAUGCCCAGCUUCGUCUGUCCCAUGUGCCCGGCAGUCUUCACCGCCAAGUCGGAGCUGUUCGUGCAUCUGCGGGUCAAGCAUCCGGAUUCGGUGGCCCUGAUGUGCGGCAUGUGUAUGCAGCAGACCAGCACCUCCCUGAAUUUGCGCUCCCACGUGGAGACCUGUGCCCAGUCGCACCACUUCAACUCCCAGUACACGUGCCAGCUCUGUUUCUAUGCCGACGACGAUCUGGAGCUGGUGGAGAAUCAUGUGCCCGUCCACCACUUCUUGGUGGAGAUGUGCGCCAAGCAGAACGUCAAGUUCGAGCCCCUGCAGUACGUGAAACAAGGCCCGGGUCGCCCCAACAUGCUGUUCUGCGAGCUGUGUCGCACCGACGAUUUCCGGGGCUUCAAGGAGUUCAGUACUCAUCGCAGGCUGGCCCACUCAAUUUUCCACUGCGAUUUGUGCACCAAAUUGUACGGUCGCAACUCCCACCUGUGGAAACACGUGAACAGGCUCCACAAAGGCCACUCGCGCAUCACCUGCCAGCUGUGCUUCAAGACCAGCGCCUCCGAGUACCACCUGCAGCAGCACUUCAACAAAAUCCACGGGCCCAAGGUCAUAAAAACCACCCCGGGCAAGGAGCAGCUCAUGGCCGGCGACCACGAGGACUUUAUGACUCAGAAGUUCCAAGGCUUCGACUUCCAGUCGGUGAAGCAGAGCUUCAUGAAGCAGGAACUGCUCAAGCAACAAAAGCCUACCCUCAAAACUCCCGUUUUGGACCGCAGCAACUCGGACACCAACUCCAACAGUCACUGCUCCGACAGGGACGAGGGCAACGAAGUGGCGGACGCCCCCAAGGCCAUCGACUCAACCAGCGACCUCUACACCAACAUCAUCACCAAUUACACGCCCCCCGUUAAUGUGGGGGAUCAUAAAUGCCCCAAGUGCGGCAAGAACUUCCAAAAGAAGCCGAUGCUGAAGAAGCACAAGAAAAACUGCAGGCCCAGGCUGCAGAAGGACCUGUUGACGCGUUGCAAGAGCUGCGCCAGGGUGUUCAAGGACAGGCAGAGCCUCACCAAGCACCUGGACAAUUACCACUCGGACUACGCCUGCGAGAUAUGCAACGUGAAGGUGCAGAGCAAGUGCGAAAUAGUCUCGCACAUCAGGUUCAGCCAUCCGCAGUGCCACCUCGUGUGCAAGCACUGCGACAACAUACUGCGCAGCCGGGAGGACAUGUCCCAACACCUGGCCAACCACAACGAGUCAUUUAUUUGCCAGUUCUGCGCCGACUCGAUACCCAGCAAAAUCAAGCUCAAGAUGCACGUGCUGAGCCUGCACCGCAAGAUACUGAGUCUGAGCUGCGGCGUGUGCCUGAAGCUGUUCGAGACCCAGCACAUUUUGCGCGACCACGUCCGGCUGGUGCACAAGGACCAGCUGUCGCCUCUGACCUCCUGCACGGUCUGCGGCAAGAACUACGGUUCCAAGUGGAAGACGUUCGACCACCUGAACAAGAGUCACGGGAAGAUCUUCAAGGCGUGCAGGAUAUGCCUGGAGGUGUUCAACGGCGACGACGAGCUGCAGACGCACACCGAAACGGCCCACUUGAACAACUCGUUUAAGCUGAACAAGAAGACGGAGAAGGCCCAUGAGGCGGAUGAGCGGGAGGAGAAGAAGGACAACGAUCACACGGAGUACGACAACGAAACGGACGACGAGGAGGAGGGUGAGGAGUACGACUCGAACGAGGAGUGCGGCGACGACAACGGGGAGGAGUCGAAGUACGCGUUGGCGCAGGAGCUGAAGAUGUCGCUGCUGGAGAAGCGACUCACGGGCAAGAAGCUGACGGAGGAGGAGGCCAAACCCAUCAGUCCGUCCAAGAGGCAGAAGAACACGAGGACGAGGCGGGACAGGGACAAGUCCGAGGACGAUGCGGUGGCCAAUCCCCAGCACACUAGCUCCAAGCGCACCGUCUACGUUAACAGUAACGAUCCGUCGUACUGUGAGAUAUGCUUUAAGAACUGGCCGGCUAAGAAGCACCUGUGGCAACACUACAUCCGGUGUCACAAGACUGAGGCGGCCACAGUUUGUGGUAUUUGCCUGAAGACGAACGACAGCUACGAAGCGUUGCAGCGUCAUUUACAGGAGACGCAUCCCACGUUGCUCCAUGGACAGGGGUACGGGUCGAAUUUUAUAUGCAGGAUUUGUGGGAGGUAUCACAACGCCAGCUCCAAGCUUCGACUGCACAUGGCGAUUCACGAGAACUUCGACUGGAGCAUCCUGUCGUCCAAAGAGGACGACAAACUGGACAAUAAAGACUCCAAGGAUGAAGUCAAUGGAUAUGGUUACGACGACCAUAAGUUGCACGAAGAAGCGGAUCUCGAUGACGUCAAGUACGAGAACGACAUCGAGAGCAUUAAUUAUGAGGACGACAUUGAGCAGGUGGAGCUGUCUGAGGACAGUGAUGGUGAGGCUAAUGAUGGUAAGGAAGACACAUCCUCGGACGACGAUGAGGAGGACGAGGAUGAAGAAGAGGAAGAUGAUGAAAGUGACAACGAGAACGUAGCCAACAGCAGCGAUUCACUGAGCGUUAAGAGUGAGCCUACAGAUGACGACGACGACGAGGAGGAGGAGGAAAUGGGCACGGAAGAUGGCAACAGUGAGUCCGAGUGGACGUCAAGGAAUAUGUUCGGGCGUAAGCCCGAAGAGCUCGACUCAGCCAUCAAGUCCAUCAGCUAUGGUUGUGAGGAGAGGAUUGACGAUGAGGUGGAGGAGGAGUACGAGAUGCAGUCGCCGGCUUUGAACGAAAACGAACUGGCUUCGGCUGUCGGCAGCAUAUUGUAAAGUUAUGGACAAAUAGGAAUUUUUAAUGUAAACGUCUCCGAUUUAUACUGGAAUUAAGGACAUUAAUAUUUGUAACCACAUUUACAAAAAUUUAUUUAUUAUUUAUGUUGUAUUGACGUCAAUUUAAGCCCAGUUUGCUGCAACCCGCAGCUGUUAUUGUUAAUUUGCCAGGAUUUUUUGGGCAGUUACUCCCCCCCCCCCCCCAGUUGGCACGACGGACACGUUCUCCAACACGAAAUGUAUGAUCUCACCGGGAACGUCUUCGACUUGGCCCCACAAUUUAAAAUAACUUGGAUGUGUAUAGCCACUUUUUAACUGUUUCAAAAGCUUUACCGAUUGGUCUCAUUUAAAUGUAGUGUUUGAUUGUGGUUCACCGACGUACCGUCGACGAAUCUUUUAAUCCGUACGUUUUUAGCUUUUAAUAAGUUAUUUUUUGUAUAUAUGUGAAUGAAAAAAAAAAUACUCACUGUAUUUGAACACCUUUUGAAAUUAGUAUGGAAAAGGGGUUCAUGGAUUAACCAGGACGGGCAAGGAUACGUUUCUUGUCCAUUUUGGUUAAUUACGAAAGAAGUUCUUUUAAUUGCUCACGCAUUCUACCCCCCGUAUAAUUGUAAGACUUAUUUCGAUCAUUCCAUUAUUUGUCGAGUUUAAUCUGAGCAGGCGGUCUCGUUCUUGUCUACAUUUAUUAAGUCAUUUUUCGAUUAGAACGAGUGUGGGUGCUAAAAUAUACCAAAUUUACAUGCAACGAGCCCCCCUGCACUUUACGGUUCAUUAAUUUAAUACCUCCUUAUAAUAAUGUGAUUGAAAAAUGCCAUAUAAAUUAUUUAAUAUUUUUUUACCAGUUUUUUGUAUAUAAAUGAUACAUUUUUUUUGUAGGACUGUUUUGUUGCCGGCGUUGGUCGGCCAAAUUUUUUUGAGACUGUUAUUUUUAUUUGAUUUAAGCUUAUUUGUAGAAUAGUCGUUUUAUAUUUAUUUUUUGGACUCAUUUUCUAUUCUCUACACUUAAGUCAUUCCUUUCUAUAAUCUAAAAAAGUAAUUAAGAUUAUACGUGUAUAUAAAAUGAUAAGUAAUAAAUAUUUUGUAAAUUAA